AUGACGACACGGGUUGCCUGGGAGAGGCCCGAGAUGGGCAUGGUCGACUCUGUCAAGGCGGACACGACGCCAGAGAUGUCAGAAUACAUGCACACAUACUUUGAGACGAGCUCCGAGAGCUCCGGAGAUAUGUACGCCUGGCGCGACGAGGAAACCAUCGAACGCCUCGAAGAAGAGAUCGACGCGUUGAGCUCGGCCGUCGAGGGGAUGGAGCAGUAUCAUAUCGUGGACAAGCUGGGUGAGGGAACAUUUUCAACCGUGUACAAGGCCAUUGACUUGCACCACGACCUGUAUAAAAACGACGUAUGGGCAAAGAGCAACACGGUUCGGAUCUUGCCGCGCUCGCAGGGACGAAAGCACGUUUAUGUCGCGCUGAAGCGCAUCUACGCAACAUCAAGCACUGCGCGUAUUCUGAACGAACUCGAGAUCAUGGAGUCACUGCGUUCGCAGCCGUAUAUCUCGCAUUUGAUUACCGCAUUUCGCACCGCAGAUCAAGUCGUCGCAGUGAUGCCAUAUACCCGCCAUACCGAGUUCCGUGACUAUUACAGGAUAAUGCCACUUGCAGACCUCCCCUACUACUUCUACUGCCUUUUCUCUGCAUUAGAAGCUACACACAAAAUGGGCAUUAUGCACCGCGACGUGAAGCCAGCCAAUUUUUUGUACGAUCCACGCACGGGGUACGGCACGCUGUGCGAUUUUGGUCUUGCAGAGCGAUUUGAACCUUCAGAAUGGCGGGGAAAGUGUCACCAUACGUGCCCGACAGACGAGCAUCCCCACGGGCGACAGUGUAUUAACCAUGCUACGUACUCGACGCAUCUUUUGCCUGGCGGUGCACUCGCACGCGUCGCCAAUGACGAAAAGUCGAACGCGGCACUUUAUGCGCCCCGACACACUGCCAUGGGACCGCCAGACCGCGUUGGGUAUUUGCGGAACGAUCCACGGCCUGGUGUGCGUGCGAACCGUGCAGGUACGCGCGGCUUUCGUGCGCCCGAAGUCCUGUUCAAGUGUACAGACCAAACGCCCGCGCUGGAUAUAUGGUCGGCAGGAAUUAUCAUGCUUUCUUUCCUUCUGCGUCGAUUCCCAUUGUUUAAUGCGAAUGAUGAUACCGAGGCGUUGUUGGAACUCGCGACUAUAUUUGGGCAGCGGCGUAUGGAGCAGUGUGCGAUGUUACACAACCGCACAUUUGCAAGCAAUCUUCCGACGGUCGACCACGCCGGCAAGCGGAUCCCCGAAUUGAUCCAGCAAAUUCGCCCGGCGUUGUUUGAGGUCGAAGAGGGCCAUCCCGAUCCGGCUGCAUACCGACAGCAGGUCCAGCACGUGGUGCACCUGGCAAAUGUGUGUCUUUAUCUCGACUGCACGCGCCGCUGGACCGCCAAACGCGUGCUGCAGCACGCGUUUUUUCAAAACUUGCAGCCACAGGCGCCCCCGUAA